AUGUCUGGACGCGGGAAGCAGGGCGGCAAGGCGCGCGCCAAAGCCAAGACGCGCUCGUCGCGGGCCGGUCUGCAGUUUCCGGUGGGUCGCGUGCACCGCCUGCUCCGCAAGGGCAACUAUGCGGAGCGGGUCGGGGCCGGCGCGCCCGUGUAUCUGGCGGCCGUGCUUGAGUACCUGACCGCCGAGAUCCUGGAGCUGGCGGGCAACGCGGCGCGCGACAACAAGAAGACAAACACAGCCACACUGCAGAGCGGAGGAGCCCUUCUGAGCAGCGCGGCGCACGGCGCAGGCGACCAAUCACCACUCAGCCGCUCUCUAUAUAAAGCCGCGGCCGCGGGGCUCCCGGCCACGCCGUUCUGA